GUUUGGUUUUUGUUGUGGUGGUCUGCAAAGCCAGAAAAACGUGCGAAAAUCCCAAGUAUGGCUAAAGCAAAUGCCAACAAGCCAGAUGACCAGGGAGCCCUCUAUGCGGGAUGCUCCGAGACUGCGCAGACAGAGCUGCUGAAUGAAUGUGAAGAGCAGUUUGCGCAGCUUGUCAAGCUUCAGAAUGAGCUUGUAUUGUCUGAACAAGAUUUGUGUGAGAAUCCACAAGAACAGUCAGUGAAUAGACUACUAGAGGUUGAAGCUGAAAUGAAGCAGUGGAUGUCAGUGGAGCCCAAAUUGUUGGCAACAAAUCCUGAAAUUUCACUUAAUGCUGGAAAGAAGGAGAUGCUCAGGCUGUGCUCCGAACUUGAAAUGAUUUCUUCUUGCUGCAAAGCCAAGAGAAAUAAACUGCGUGAAACCAAAAAAUGUGAAUUGAAAUGGCUGGAGAAACGGAGGGAGCUACUGAGUGCUGCCACUGCUCAUGCUGACCAACUCAAAAUAGAGAGGGAAAAACUAUCUGAAAAAACUAUACUGCAGGACAUCAGAAACAACAUACAGAAAAUGAGAGACUACCAGAACAGCUUAAUGGAGACAUUGGGAUAUGUAUUGGACACUCACUUUCCUUGCAUCGGGGACAAAAAGGACACUCCGCAUCCAUUAAAUGAGAAUCAGAUUUCACUCAAUGAAAUUCUUGAGCGGCUAAUGAAUAAGGCCGUAGAGACGCCACACGACCCCUACGUGGACAUCGAUGAGACGUUCUGGCCACCCUAUGUAGAGAUGCUGCUCCGCUACAGUGUGGCAGUGAGGCACCCAGAAAAUAACUUCAAGAUGCGCCUGGAGAUCUUUGAUUAAUGGCUGUGGUGGAUUGCCCAACUACAGUUACAGUUACCAGUAGCGGAAGUGUCUUAUUGUACAGUGCUAUCAUAAUAAUGUUGUCUGUACUGUUGCGCUAUGAGCUUAACUGUUGUUUAAGCUUGAAAGCCAGUUCGGAAUUAUUUCAUGUAUUUUACUGUUAGUGUGCAAUGUCAAUCUGUGAUUUUGCAUUUACCCUUUUUGUUUACCAAAUUAAGUCAAACAUGUUAUUGUAAAAUACGUUGUAUCUAAAUACAUUUUUAAUUAUCCCAUUUUCACUCCCAAUAAAUGUAAAACUCCAAACAA